CUCUAUAAAGGAUUCUCAAGUUUUCCUUGAAUGCAAAUUAAAGUUAUUUUGUUUCCUUUAUUAAAAAUCAUCGAAUGCCUAAGUAUUUCGUCAGCGACAAUCAAAUUUUCCCAUGAAAAAUAAGUUAACUGUUUGAACGAAAGAAAAUCUGUAAUUUCAUGAAGCUGCAAUUUUAGUUCUGAGUAGUGAGUUUAUACUUCAACGAGGUUUCCAAACACUACUCGCGGCUGGUGAUUUAGCCUCUGAGAGAAUGUGAGCAAGGCAAAGCCACCCAUGAAAUCAUUUUCCUCUAUUUUGAUGAAUAUGCAGAUUUAACAUUUUUAUGUAGUAUUGCAAAUUGGGAUUGUAGAUAUUGGAUAUAGACAGAGAUGUAGCAGCUAUUCAAGGGUCAAAUUUUCUGGGUUUUAAAUGGAUUGCUUAAGUUGCUCGUUAGGGGGCAGUUCAAUGUAGGUAUGACUAGGGUCCACUUUGCUUAUUUCACAAAAUGUGAAUGACAUUAGAGUCUUGGAAGAAGCUACGUUGGGAAGCAUGGAUUUUCCAUCUCGAUGGAAUAACAACAACAAUCCUUCUAAGGGGUCUGAGGAGAAGCCAUCAUUCAAUGAUCAACAUUUCUUGCUCAAUUUUAUUAUGAGUACUUACUUUGGUCCUGAUGUGUACUCCGAUAAUCCUAGGUGUUCAGCAUCUCACAGGAUAGCCAAAAGAUUUCCGCCAUAUACUUCAAAGAAUCUGGGCUCUUCAUUUCUUAGCACUUCUCAGCUACAGAGCUUGUAUUACUAUGUCUUGAGGAAUGCUAAUUCUGGCCUUGUUUUGGAACCAAAUAUGUUGCAUAUGUAUCUUAAGGGUAAGCUGCCUUUGCCAAGCUCAGCACUGUUAGAAGAUUGUCGGCAGUUCCCAAGCUUUUUCCCUCUGAAUAUUCAUGAACAUAAAAGGUACUCAGCAAGGCACGAGAUUGUGAAGGGCGUUGUUCUCAUUGAUAAUCCUGUGACAUCUUACAUAAAAGAGGAGGACCUGAAAAGGUUCAGAUGCUUAUCUGGUAGGAAUGAUUUGAAGCUUGACAAAAUCAAAUCCCUAUCUUACCAACCUGGACGCGAGGAUGGAAAAGGUGAAGAUGAGAAUAAUUGGGUGACAAGUCAUGACGAGAUUGCUGCCAGAUGUGUUUCCUAUGUAAAUGGUAGUUUGUCAGCAAAGUUUACAGGAAUAUUUAAGAUAGAUACUGAAGGGACAGUUAAUAGAUGUGAUCCCAAUGGAAACAAUGAUUCAUCUAUGAAGUUUCUGGAAACGUAUAAGAGAAGGCGCUGCGAUCCAUUGUCAAUGCCAGCAUUUCCCUGUACUGCUUCUGCAUCAAAACCUCAAAAUGAUAUUUGCAAAACAGAUGGACCUGCCAUCUUUUCUCUUUUAGCUGUUUCACAUAUGCAUGAAUGUGUUUCAGAUCCAUCAAUCAUUUUUACUGGGACUGCAAGAGAAGGGAUAUCUGGACCACCUGUUGGCGUUCUGGAUAUAGGAAUUAGCAAAGCUGCGUACUUCUUCCGAGUUGCAUUGCCUGGAGUCAGGAAGAAUUUCUGUGAGUUCAGUUGUGAGAUUGAACCCGAUGGACGAGUUCUUCUUCAAGGAUCAAUAACUGGUGGAAAAACGGUGAAGAAGCGCUCCAGGACUUUUGAGAUGAAGUUCCGGCAAUUAUGCCCACCUGGACCUUUCACACUUUGUUUUAAUCUUCCGGGACCUGUUGAUCCAAGGCUAUUUUCACCAAACUUUAGAUCUGAUGGCAUUUUUGAAGCAGUUAUCAUAAAGCUGUAAUGUUAGGUCUCCAGAUACACCAGUAUUCACUCUCUUGACUGGGCUGAGUCCAGUUGUCGAUGGUAAUCUCAUUUGGGUUAUAUGAAGGCUUGAAUACACUUGUGUUUUUUCGAGGCUGCUGCCUUAUUUACUUUGUUAAUGUGAUGUGGCCAAAUGCCUGUAUGAGAAAGUUGACGGUGGAGAACAUACUGAUCACACACAUAUAUCAUCUUCGAUGUUUAUAAAUAACAAUCCUCAUUACCCUUU